AUGUAUUUACCAACAUCAAAUCAGAAGAAAAUUGAUAUUACAACAAAAACUACAUCAUUUCUUCAAUAUCAUACAUCUAAUAUUCAAAAAAUCUCGACGAGCGAUAUUUUAUUGAUAGUAUAUGAUGGAACUGGUUCUGAAAGUGAUAAAACAAGAUCUUCUGAAGACGAUGAAACGAAUAACAAUAUAAUGGUGAUGAACAGUGCAUCAACAGCAAGUUCAAAUGCUAUGACUCUUACUGUUCCAAUCAAUGAAGAUUAUGAAGAUGACAAGAGGACACAUUGGAAAUCGGAAGGAAUUCCACAUCAAUAA